AUGUCUGAGCAUACCACUCGCAAAUACGGCGACCUGGAGUCCAGGGGUGCCGAGGCCACUGGGCGUCAAGCAAUUAGCACAGGCCUUUUCAACUCGAGGACUGGAGCUGCCGGAGGCGAUGUUAACGGUGGAGAUGGUGGAAAAAUCUCCAUCGCAAAAGAACACAACUUUGUUGAGACCGCAAACAUCAAUGUCUCCGGAGGCAACGCUCAUCAGACUGGGUAUCACGCCAGAGGUUUCCACCAUAGCCCUCCAUUCUGGAUUACGGAUAAUAAUUGUGCUAAAGUGCGUGGCAGGACGGAAAGGAAGGUGAUUGGAUUGUCCAAUGAAGGAUACGGGAUUUAUAGAGCUGCUUCUCUCUUUGACCAAUGUUAUGGAAGUCAUGAGGCAAUUGCAUAUAAGCUUUGUAGUAAGCUCACAAUUGUGCUAGGCGGGGCUGAGCUGACACUCCACUUCUCCGUCUGCGGCAGGACAGACAGUCUCUCCCCCAUCUCAAGAUGUGACUUCCUGUCAGCUGUCGUCAUCAACAUCGGGGAUCUACUAACCCCGAAGUUUAAGCUGCCUGAUUCUACUAUCAUUUACGACAGUGUGGCUAAGCUGACACCUCUUGGUCGUCCUUCGCUUUUCGGACAAGAUUCACUCACUUUCAUGAUUUCUUCUCCCAAAUUUUUAAGGUCAAAGGCUUGCAACCACGAACAAGCAUAA